CUGAUCGCGCUUCGCGUAUUCCUUUCUUCCACCCGUUCAGUUGAGAGCGAACCGACAAACAAGCUCACACAGCAUUCAUUAGCCAGCUGCCAGUCUGAUUCUUUGCUCAUAGAAAAAAAGUGCGUUCUCUGUUCAAAUUUGUGUGAAUCAAUUACCUAUCCCUCGAACUUCACAGUGUGUCAAUAAAGUGCGGUUCAUCGCGAUAUCGAAAUCGCUGCGAGAUGGCAAACGGUCGCAGCAUUCGCUUCUACUACGACCUGAUAUCGCAACCUUGCCGAGCUUUGUACAUUUUCCUUGAGCAGAACAAAAUCCACUAUCAAAAGUGUCCCAUUGCGCUGCGGAAAUGGGAGCACACAACGCCCGAAUAUCUGCAAAAUGUGAACCGUUUCGGUAAGGUGCCCGCCAUUGUGGACGGAAAGAACUUCAAAUUGGCGGAAAGUAUCGCCAUUCUGCGAUAUUUGGCACGAGAGUUCACCGUACCGGACCAUUGGUAUCCGAGGGAUAGCCGUAGGAGAGCCAGGGUUGACGAGUACUUGGAGUGGCAGCAUUCGAACACCCGGUUGCACUGCGCUGGGUAUGUGAGGUACGUGUGGCGAGGACCUCUGCGAGGGGAAACCAUGGACCCGAGGGUUGCCAAACGGUUGAAAGCGGAGAUGGUCGGUUGCUUGGAUUUCAUCGAGACGAACGUUUUACAGCGGGACGUGCAUUUCAUAGCAGGCGAUGAAAUCUCGAUCGCUGAUCUGGAGGCGGCUUGCGAGAUCGAACAGCCAAAACUAGCCGGGUACGACGCACGUGUCGGUCGACCGAAGCUGACAGCGUGGAUGCAAAGGGUAAAGGAAACCACCCAACCAGACUACGACGAGGCGCAUAAGGUUUUGAAUAAAUUUGCGCCUACUGCGACGUGAUAUUAGAUGAACGGGAACCUGCCUACUGCAUUUGUAAUGCAUUUGUUGAACUCCACCGAGAAUAAACAGUGUGAUUUGUAUUCGCUUUUCAAUAGUAUUAAAUCAAUAUAUUGGCUUUAAUUAUUUUGAAAUAUUCAA